UAAUUUAUUUCGCGUGUCUUUUGUUGUAGUGUAUGGCGCGAGCACUCUACGACAACAUAGCGGAGUCACCGGACGAACUGGCUUUCCGCAGAGGGGAUUUGCUCACCGUGCUGGAGCAGAACACUGGCGGGAGUGAGGGCUGGUGGCUCUGCUCGUUAAGAGGACGACAGGGAAUAUGUCCUGGAAACAGACUAAGAAUUGUAGCGGGUGUGUUCGAUGCAAGUUCCGCUUUGCAGAGGCGACGCACGCGGACUCCAGCGCCGGUCGCUCACCAGCCUCUGCCAGCCCAGCAGUCACCCGCUUUUACAAAAAUCGAAGAAUGUUCACAUUACGAUGUGCCGCGGGCGCCACUGCCAGUCCAACGCAUCAUAGGCACAUAUGACUGUCCAAGGCCGGCGACCGACUGGUACGACGCCCCGAGAGCUCCACGUCCCGCCAGUGCGGACUCGGCUUGCAGCGGGACCGGCUCUCUCACAUCAGCCACAUCGAGUGCUUCUGCAAAUUCUGGCAGUUCGGCGCACUCAGCCGCGUCUGCAUCGAGCACGUAUGACGUGCCCCGAUCUCGCGCUUUACCUUUACCAUGUGAUGCAGCGUUAGAAGCACUUGAGAGAUUACAGGAAGAAGCAUCAGCGGCGGUGUCGCGAUUGCUUUCGUACGUGUCGCCGGGCUGGCGGCGGCGCGGCGCGCUUCGGCCGCGCGUGCUCGACGUGCGCGUGGCGGGCGCGCGCCUGCGGGCGGCCUUGCACGACCUCGCGGUGUUCGCCGACGCUACGCUGGCCAACGCGCAUGAUGCCCAAGACAAAGGUAUCGCAGUAAAGUUACGGCCGCUAGUGAAGGCUCUGAAAGACGCUGAACGUAUAACACACGAAGCUACCAGUGCACUAGACGCGGGCGACUGGGCGCCGGAACGGUUGGAACGCGACCGCGAACCGACGGAUGGUACGCAGGACGCCUUAGACCAGCUGGUGGCGUGUGCACGCUCCCUCACAGAGGAUGUCAGGAGAGCGGCGUCUUUCAUUAAUGGAAAUGCGUCAUUACUGUUCAGGCGGUCGCCUGCAGUGCCGGAACACGAGUGGACGGAAGAGUAUGACUAUGUAAGACUUGAGUCCAGAACUGCAGUGGGCAGGAGAAAUGCGGAAAUUCGUGCAGCAUUACCGGAUAAAUUAAGAGCGUCCUUUGAUGCUCUAGUUCGGGAUGCUGACCACGCGGGCGAGGUAAGCGCAGUAGCUGCCGCCACGAGACUACCGCCUGAUGACCGACAACUAGCAGCAUUUUACGCCGCACAGACAGCGACAUACGGUGCUCACCUCUCCACAGCCGUGGAAGCUUUCCUCCGAACGAUUGAAAUGGGACAGCCUCCUGACGUCUUCCUCGCUCAUGGCAAAUUCGUUGUCUUAAGCGCUCACAGAAUCGUCCACGUAGGAGAUACAGUCCACAGGAGCGCACAGCAUGCCGGCUUAAAAGCGAAAAUACUACGUUGCUCCGAUGCGCUGUCGGACGCGUUAGCCGCGACCGUUUCCAAGACAAAAGCGGCUGCCGUACAGUUCCCCUGCGCUAGUGCUGUCGCUGAAAUGGCAGAGUCGGCUCGAACGCUUGCUUCUAGGGCUCAGGAACUGCGCCGGGCCCUCGUCCGCGCCGCCGAACCACCCCCGGACUGCACGCCGGCCACAACUGUGCCCCCCUCCGCCACCGUCACCCCCCUCACCCCGCUCACCCCUCUCGCACCCAUCCCCGGCACACCCUCGCUUCCUGUACUAUAAAAUGUUCUAAAUAGGACCUGUGAUUCAAAUCGAGCGUAAAGAGUAGGAUAUUGUAAUGUUCCUUAUGGCUUGGCAGAUAUCUAAUUUUUGAAUUAAAUGUUCGUACGAUCUUACGUCCGUAAAUGCAAGGAGGCGUUAAAAAUGGGCGUUGAUUGUUGUAUGCUUUUGACGAGGAGAUCUGCUAUUUCAGUGUACUUAAGUGUAAUGUAAUGAAAAUGAUGGAUUUUAAGUGUGUUAAACCGAUUUAAGCAAGUAUGUUUAAAGUUACGAGGAGACGUGCUGGACACUUAAAUAUAUUAGAACUGGUAAAACUGGAGGCUGGUAUACCUUCGGAGAGAUAAAGCGUAAAAUUACCAAAGAAUAUCAAGAGAACGCAUACCUAAUGGAAACAACGAUUUUCACUGCCGAUGAUACGAAUUAACUCACGAAAAAUUUCUAUUAAAUUUAAACAAUGAUUAUGUACAAUAAAUAAUCAAAGGCUGCCAUUAGUAUUUUUUUAAUUUAAAAUGGUUUGCAAAAAUAGCUGAUACGUAAGUUUUAAAUUGCUGGAUACUCAUUUACAGUAGUGAGUUGAGUUGUCCGUCCAGUUUUAUACAAGUUGCAAAAAUAAUCUUUAAUUAUAGCAAAUGAAUUUACUACGGUAUUAGACCGAAGAAUGGUUGUUAACAUAAAACGGUUCAAAAAAUUAAUUGUCUUAGAUCGCUUGUAAAUAUGACUCAGAUGAAUGUGAAUUUAUUUUUAAAUUAUGAUUCAAUCUCUAUCUUCUGGUAAAUUAAGCUUUUCACAAAUCAAAAAUAUAAAUGCGUCUGAAUUAAAACCAGCAUCUUAUAUAAAACUUCUAAAAUAAAUUAGUUACGAGAUUUUCAAGCAAUUUUAUUGUGACUGAUUUUUAUAGUGAUUUGGCUCAAUUAUUAUGAAUGUGCUGAUAAUUUAUCAACAUAGUUAUUUGUUACCUUUAUUAUUUUUUUCUUUUUUAUAAACAAAUAAACAUAAAAAUAAUAUUGGUAAGCAAUUAAAAUGCCAUGAUUCGACUCAACAUAGAUACUAAAAUUCAUCAGUUUUUCUUUGUAUCAAACGUUGCACAGUAUUCGAAUGUACCUAUAUGAUGAAUUUACUUGUAUAAGAGAAAUUGUUGUUUUUCGUCUUUUUCUUUUCAAUGUCAAUAGGUAGAGAAAUUUUCAAUUAAUAAGGAUUUCUAAGGACUACUGAGCAAGCGUAGUAUGCGCUAAUCCAAUUUAAGUAGUAUUUUACUGUUUUAGGAGUGUCGUUUACUAAUGGAAUGGAUUGUUCGUUACAAUUAGAAUACAAUCGUGUAUGCUAUCAUUGUGUUUAAAAAUGUAUGACAAACGUGAUUGACACUUAUAUUUUGACUUAUUUAAAUAGACAAAUUGAUGCGGUAUUCUAAAAUCUUGACAAGUUAUUGGUAAGGGUUAUGGAAAGUAGAGAUACCGAAGCGCCAUUUUUGUGGUACAUUUCGCAGACAGUUUAUCAAAAAGAAACGUUUCUCCUUACCUAUACACUUCAUAGUUAUGGGUGUUUAGUCAACGCCAAGUGUCAAUAUUUUGUAUUUAAAAAUAUUACAUAUUAGUCUGCCGUAGAUACGAUAUAUCAAUGUAAAAAGCAUGUUGUAUAUUAGCAAUGUGUAAUAUAUUUCCUAGGUGUCGUAGUUUAGCUAGGUCUAGAUGAAAUUGUACAAAUGCAUAUUAAAAUAAUAAUUUUAUUAAUAAAUUAUAAAUUAAU